UUCAUUUAAUUAUCAAUGUUGUUAUGCCGCUUUUAAUGGAAACGUGAGUUUGUUUUUAUUGUCGUUUGGCAAGUAAUUUUCUGGAAUAUGGCUGCAAAAGAAGCUGAAGCGUCGACCAGUAAGAACGAUUUCCCUGGCUUUGAAGAAGUUAAUUUUGAACAUUUAAAUGCCGACACAUUGACUCUAGAAGAUCUGAAUUCAAAAAAGAAGCAACUUUGGCUAAUCAAAGUACCAUACCAUUUUGAUGUCUCUAAAUUAUCAGGGACAAACGUUGCCCUUAAUGAAUACAUUACUCUAAGUUUAAAAGAUGAUAAUCAGAAUAGUGAAAAGAAGUUUGAAAUUUUCCCAUCAAAGUAUAAAGAUGACAAUUCUUUUGGCUAUAACAUCUUUGUUCCAUCAAAGGAGAAAAAGACGCUGAAUGUUGCCAAAGAAUUUUAUGGUCAUUUGGAUAUCAUUGAGAAAGUAUCGGUUCCAAAGCUCAGUUAUCCUUCUGCAGCUCCCCCAAUGUAUACAGAGAUCCCUAAUGGUUUGAAAGCAAGAUGGAAACCAUUUGGUUAUAAAACACCAAAAAAAAUGUCGUCAAGUGAUUGUUCAGAAACAAAAGCAAUUGAGAAACAGAAGAUGCUCAAAAGGAAUGAAAAUGAUGCGUUAAUGAAUGGACAGAAUAAAAGAGAAAGAGAAAAAUAUAAAUUAUGUGAGUCAAGUGAUACUACAACUAAUGAUGAACUUUGUAAUGAUUUAAAUGAUGAUGAAAAUGGAGUAAUGAAGAAUGGGAAAUACAAAAGAAAGAAAAGAAAACAUGAAUCUGGUUAUGCAACAAUAACUGACAUUUUUUGUGAUGGUUUAAGUGGAGGUGAAAAGGCACUAUUGGAAAAUGGGAUAUAUAAAGUGAAGAAAAGAAAACUCGAGUCUGAUUAUACAACAACUACAGAAGUAUUUUGUGAUGGUUUGAAUGGAGAUGAAAAUGGAUUAUUGAAAAAUGAUAAAUAUGAAGCAAAGAAAAGAAAGCAUGAGUCUGCUUAUGCAUCAUCAUUCAGAGGUUGUGAUGAUGUUAAUGGAAAGGAACAUGGAGAUUCACAGAAUGGAAAAUGUAAAGGAAAGAAAAAUGUUUCUAAUCAUGCAACCACUAAAGCAAUGACUGAUGAUGUUCACAUGAGCACUUCAAAGACAAAGAAGAAGAAAAAGAGAGAAUCAUUAUAGGUUAGUUCACAAGUAACAUACUUGUUUCAAAA